AUGAAAUAUGUCGCUCAAAACACCAGCAUCAGAGUUCCAGAAGUGUAUGAUUGGGAUAGCGAAGCACAGAAUGACAUAAAAAUUCCGUAUAUUCUGAUGGAAUACCUACCUGGAACACAGUUACAUAAAGUUUUGGGACAAAUUGAGCAUUGA